UCAUCGACUUAUCAUGUGACUUCUUCUCUCUCCUCCACCCCACCCCCAAUCACCACCUCUCUACUUUCUCUCUCUUCUUCCCCUGUAUUUCCUCCACCAUCAAGCUUCACAACAACCCCACAAAUCUCUAGGGUUUUCAUUUCAUGCAACCAAACUUCAUCGCAACAGCUACGACCAAGUUUUAUGUGAAAAGAUUUGAUCAAUAAUGGGCUGUUUUCAGUCCAAAACUGCCAAUGUUCAAUCUCCUGAUCAAGUCCCUGAAUCCAAACCAGAUCUAGCCAAUGGAGAUGAAGGAUCAGAUCAACAAGCUGAAGAUCGGGGAGUCCCUGCAUUCAAAGAGUUCGAGCUGACGGAGCUUCGAGCUGCUACCAAUGGGUUCAGUAGCGAGCUUAUAGUUUCGGAGAGUGGAGAGAGAGCUCCCAAUGUGGUUUAUAGAGGGAAGCUUCGUAGCAAUAAAGUGGUUGCAAUUAAACGUUUCUCCAAGCUCUCUUGGCCCGACCCACAACAAUUCGUGGCAGAAGCUGCUGGGGUUGGCAAGGUUAGACACAAGAGAUUGGUAAACCUAAUUGGGUGUUGUGCUGAGGGAGAAGAACGUCUUUUAGUGGCCGAAUACAUGCCCAACGAUACGCUCUCAAAACAUCUAUUUCACUGGGAUAAACAGCCUUUGCCAUGGGAAAUGCGUGUGAGAGUUGCAUACCAUAUUGCACAAGCUCUUGAGCAUUGCAAUGCUGAAAAUCGGAAAAUCUAUCAUGAUCUCAAUGCAUAUAGAGUUCUCUUUGAUGAGGAUGGUGACCCUUGCUUAUCUAGUUUUGGUUUGAUGAAAAAUAGCCGAGAUGGGAAGAGUUACAGUACCAAUCUUGCUUAUACUCCUCCUGAGUUUUUGCGUACAGGCAGGGUAAUUCCAGAGAGUGUGAUUUACAGUUAUGGAACUGUGUUGCUGGACCUUUUGAGUGGAAAGCAUAUCCCUCCAAGUCAUGCGUUAGAUUUAAUUCGUGGGAAAAAUGUUUUGUUGCUGAUGGAUUCAUCCUUGGAAGGACAAUAUACGGAUGAAGAUGCAACUGCAAUGGUGGAACUUGCUUCAAAGUGUCUUCAAUACGAGGGUAGAGAUCGUCCUGAUAUCAACUUUCUUCUUACAUCAGUAGCUCCCCUUCAAAAACAGACAGAUGUUGCAUCACAUGUGUUGAUGGGUCUGACCAAAACUCCAGUGGUGGUUCCAACCUUGCUUUCUCCUCUUGGGAAGGCGUGUGCGAGAAUGGAUCUUACUGCAGUUCAUGAAAUCUUGCUGAAAACAGGAUAUAGAGAUGAAGAGGGGGCCGAAAAUGAGCUAUCAUUUCAAGAAUGGACCCAACAAGUGCAAGACAUGCUAAACACAAAAAAGUUUGGGGACAUUGCAUUUAGGGAUAAGGAUUUCAAAGGCGCGAUUGAAUAUUAUUCGAAGCUAGUUUCAAUGAUGUCGGUCCCUUCGGGUACAAUAUUCGUGAGACGGGCCCUAUCUUACAUGAUGAUUGGGCAACCCGAGCUAGCUUUAAGAGACGCGAUGCAAGCUCAGGUGUGUUUGCCCGAGUGGCCAACCGCCUUUUACAUGCAAGCACUCGCUCUAUCUAAGCUCGGCAUGGAAACCGAUGCUCAAGAUAUGCUCAAUGAUGGCUCCUCCUUCGAAGCCAAGAGGCAAAAUAGCUGGCGCAACUAGACCCUGACCACGGAGAACAGCCUCUCUGUCUCUUGAGAACAGACAAACUUGUUUGCUUCACAAUUUGUGUUUUAGACUAGAGUUUCAUAGAUAGCAUUGUAUAAAGCAACCUAAAUAUCAAAAAGAGAGUAUUCGAGUUUAAGUUAUUUAUGUAUCGUUUGUUU